CCCACAAACCAGAAUGCGGAGCAAUUUCGGCGGCGGCGCGGUGGGGAGCGCUUAAAGGGACGAGCGCGGCAGGACGGCCCGGCUCGUCCGAAAACCUCCGGACCGCCGCGCAGGUUGUGCGCACGACAGCCGGAUGGACUUGCGCCUACGGAGACCGGCCUUCUGGGCCCGGCUUCACCUGCGGAGCGGCCUCCAGGGCUGGGACCUGCCCCGGGAACUGGCCCUAGACGCCACCUGUGACCAGCUGUCCCCAGUUGCUGACCAGACCCUCCCGUCGGCGCGGCUCCACCAGGCGGCUGGCGGCCCGGCCGAGGCCCCUUGCCUUUCCAUCUCGGGGGCUCGUGAGACCGCCGGGCAGCCGCACCUGUGGAUGUGGGUGGACCCCAACCUAGUCUGCCCCAUCCCCGGACACGCCGCGGGGCUGCCCUCCCUGCCUCCGCCGCCUCCUCGAGCUGCUCCAGAGGUUCCGACCUGCAGCGCAGCCCGCUUCGGAGACGGCCGCCCGGGGGAAGAGGAUCCCGGGAGUGCCACUGAAGCCAACCCCACCCUGCUUCCAAAUGAGGACCCCCAGAGCCCCCCCCACGCAUGCCAGAGUGCAAAGGGGACCCGAUCCCGCAGGAGGAAGCUGCGGGCCCAGGGGGGCUGGCCUCGCCCCCCUCUCAAUUAUUGUAUCUUGAUUAGCCUUGCCCUGAGCAGCAGCGUGGACAGCAGCCUGACUGUGCAGGAGAUCUACAAGUUCACAAGGCACCACUUCCCCUUCUUCCGCACGGCUCCGGAGGGCUGGAAAAACACUGUCCGGCACAACCUCUGCUUCAGCAGCAGCUUUGAGAAGACCACAGACUUCGUUUGCCUUGAAGGGAACCGCAAGUCCCGCCUGUGGAAGUUAACCACAGAGGGCCGGCGGAAGUUUCAGGAGGAGGCGCAGGCACUGCCAGAGGAUUUGAAGGGCUUGGUGCACCAGAGCAUGGACAAGCCAGAAUUAAUGCGGUCUCUCUUUGGCCUCUGAUCCUCGGUGUGGAAGUCUGGCAGAGCUGCCAAGGAGGAUUUGACUUGCCAAGGAGAGGAGGCUGCAUUUUCCAGGCCACUCGGGAUGCUCCGGGCAUUGCCUGCUUGACCCUCGGCUGGGAAGGCACUGAGCGAGGGAGCUUCAUCCUGACCGGGAGCCUGCCUCUCGAUUGGCCCCCGAAAGAAGCGGAGGAGACCCCCACCCGGGUUUAUGUUGAAAUUUAUGUUUGAAGCCUUUCCCCUCCAUUCUGGGCCGGGGGGGGGGAUCUGGGGGUCCCAAUAAAGGCCUGCCGAGAGCAACGCGGUGUGGUUGUCUCUGGAGUUGAUUUCUAUGCGCCCCUCCAUCCACCCUGUUGCCGCGGGGGAAGCUACCCAGACG